CUUUCGUCAUCCUCUCUGCGCUGCAUCUAAAAAAUUCCAGUCCGAACCUUUCGAUCCGGCAGAAACAGCCCAAAGAAUCUGCCGGAGCGGCCUGGAAACGCAGUACUUGACGGCAGCGGAGGGGGCAGCACGCCGCUUCUCUUCGAAUUAUACUACUAGCCGUUGACCCGGUCGUGAAGAAGCAGUCCAAGGAAGAGUACUGCCAACCGAGCACCGAUCGCUACAGAAUGUUGUCCGCUCGCAAUGCACAUGGCCCAUCAUCUCUCCACAAACGGCCUCCACAGUUGGCACGGUCGUCGCCACGUUUCCGUCACUCCCCUGCCCUCUUAAUGACCCGCUUCUUCUUCGACUUCUUCUUCUUCGUCUUCAUCGCCAGCCCGUUCCUGUUCAUAGUCAAACGCCAGAGCAGCCUAGGCGAAGAGAGCGAGCCGGUUCGUCAUGGCGAUGGAGGCCGGGAAAUUGCCCACCGCAGGGAAGCCGAUCCGAUGCAGAGCCGCGGUGUCUCGCAAGCCGGGGGAGCCUCUGGUGAUCGAGGAGGUGAUGGUGGACCCGCCGAUGCCUCACGAGGUCCGGAUUCGGAUCAUUUGCACGUCCCUCUGUCACAGCGACAUUACGUUCUGGAAAAUGAAGGAUCCUCCCGGAUGUUUCCCAAGGAUUUUUGGGCACGAGGCGGUGGGGAUUGUGGAGAGCAUUGGAGAAAAUGUCGACGAGGUAACUGAAGGGGAUGUAGUCGUUCCAACCUUCAUGUCCGAUUGUGGUGAAUGUGCAGAUUGUAAGUCAAAGAAGAGCAACUUAUGCUCAAAACUCCCCUUCAAGGUAUCUCCUUGGAUGCCUAGAUAUGAGACAAGCAGAUUCAAGGAUCUUAAUGGAGAAGUUCUAUAUCACUUUCUGUUCGUGUCAAGCUUUAUUGAGUAUACUGUGGUAGAUGUUGCCCAUCUGACUAAGAUUGAUCCUGCAAUUCCUCCAAAUAGAGCAUGCCUCAUUGGUUGUGGGGUCUCGACAGGGGUUGGGGCUGCCUGGAGAACAGCAAACGUGGAGGCAGGAUCAACCGUUGCAAUAUUUGGACUUGGUUCAAUUGGAUUAGCAGUUGCAGAAGGAGCGAGACUGUGUGGUGCUGCCAGAAUAAUAGGUGUGGAUACGAACCCAGACAAGUUUGAAAUUGGAAAGAAGUUUGGGGUGACAGAUUUUGUCAAUGCUGGAAACUGCGACAAUAAAGCGCUAAGCCAGGUGAUCAAUGAGAUGACUGGCGGGGGAGCAGAUUACUGUUUUGAGUGUGUUGGUUUGGCAUCGUUGGUGCAUGAGGCCUAUGCUUGUUGCAGAAAGGGUUGGGGAAAAACAGUUGUAUUGGGAGUGGACAGGCCAGGGUCGCAGUUGACCUUUAGCUCCUUUGAUGUCCUUCAUAGCGGGAAAAGCCUUAUGGGAUCUUUGUUUGGAGGUCUCAAAGCUAAGUCAGAUAUUCCCAUCCUCCUGAGGCGCUAUGCGGACAAGGAGUUGCGGUUGGAUGAGUUUGUCACACAUGAGGUGGGCUUUGAAGAUAUCAACAAAGCUUUCGAGUUACUUAUUGAAGGAAAGUGUCUUCGAUGUGUGAUAUGGAUGGGCAAAUGAGUUGACUUUUGCUGUUUUUUUUUUUCGUUUCAGUGCAAGAACUCUGCAUAAUUCCUGCAUAAAUUGUGUUUUAUUUGGAAUUUGUUGUUCAUCAUAUUCUAAGGUGGCAAACCCUGUAAAUGUUCCCGAAUCCUGAAAUUUUCAUUGGGACUCUUUGGUAA